UUUUUUAUUGUUAUUAAUGAUUAAUAUGAUGUUUGUGUGUGUGUGUUUGUUUUAACGUUACUUUUGUUUCAAAAUCAAAGUAAAUUAGCUUAAGUAUUGUGUUUUAGGUUUUAAAUCAAUUUAAUUGGGUUAUAAUUUUCUUAGGUCCUUAACGUUUGCGCUUCCUAAUGUUCUCGCAGCGUGUUAGAAUGGUGUUUCAUUUUUGAAUCCGCGAUCUUGUAACGUUAAUUAGAGUGGGGGAACUCGAUUCACGUAUUGCGAUUUAGUCUUCUAGUGAUUUGCAUCGAUUAAAACAUUUGAAAAAAUAUAUAGAAAUUUUUGGUUAACGUUAAUAUAAAAAUAACAAGAAUAGUAAUGUUGUCGAAACAGAAAGGCGGAACUCAGGCGGACGGUGCAGUAAGUUACCCGGACAUCUUUAGAGAGUGCAAACCUCACGCGCAACAGCACUGGAGGUAACAAAAACAUAUGCCUCGAUGCACUAUGUCUCAUUUUUAAUUGCAGCUUCAAAUAAAUAAUUCACCCGCACCAUCAUUUUCGCAUGGUUCUCACGCAAACGCCAAGGCCAGUUCAUAUCGCGUGCCUGAGCAGCGCGUCGCGAGAGCCCGUCAACACCGGUUUUGUUUAAAGCGCGGAUUUACAUCUUUGUGUCUCCAUUAACGUUAGAUGAUAAUGUAUGGAUGGUUUACUUUCAACGGCAAAUUUGGUGUUAAAGAUGAUGCUGAAGGAGAUGCUUGCUAAAGUGGAGUGUAGAGGAGCACAGAAGUAUGUAGUAGUACCUCAGACUGAAGAAAGGUUUGAUUUUGAGAGAUUUCUUCAACAAAUAACAGAGAAAUUCAGUUUGCUGCCUGAGACAGAGGGUCCUAUCACCAUAACUGAUGAAUCUGGAACAGAAGUAGAUAGGGAUGUCUUUGAUGAGCUUGUAAAGUCAGGUGUCCUCUCCUUCAAGGCCUUGGCUGGACACCCAGUAAUUGAUCUACAGAUUGAACUGGUCGCUGAUGAAUCAUGUUCAUCAGCUGUGCCCAACAUUUCAUAUCAGCCAGAUGCAUCAUGUUCUUCGGAUUCAUCCGUGGUCGUGGGAUCAGUAAAAAAGAAGAUGAUCUCAGCUGGUCCCAUAGAUCGGAAUGAAGCCAAACAGAUGGUUGAGACUAUUCUGAAGACCAAUUCCAAGGGUGAUGAAAUCUUCAUGGAAUAUGAAAAAACAAAAACAUUGUCAGAUGCAAAGCGGAAAUUAAUGGUGAACAUACUAGUUGCCGAUAUGAUUGAAUCACAUGGGAGGAUCCCACAUUCAAUUGUGCGUUGUAACUAUGCAUUAGGGAUUGUGACACUCUUUCCACAUCUUCUGGAUCCAUACUCUAAAACCGGAUAUGAACACUACUAUGACCCUCAGGGUAAUACAGGUUAUCUGGCAUGGAGGAUCAAGACAGUUCUGCGCAACACAUCAGUGGGCUCUCGCUGCAAUUCCAAGCCUGUUCAUUUGGAUGGCCCAAAAACCAGAAGAGAAUCACUCUUAAUUGGUGAACAGUUCGAUGGAGAAGAAUGCAGAGAGGCAUUAUCUACAAUGAUUCACUCGACAGAUGAACAUGUGGUCAAAGCAAAAAUGAGAUCAACUUUUGAAUACAGACAGAAGAUUGUUCAUGAUGAAGAUGCUUCAAUUUCAGUCUUGGAUGUCUUUCCUCGUUUUCUAGAUGUUCCCGGAUUGAUUGAGCAGGAUUUCAUCUUGAUGUUUGGAGAAGACAUGUCUGGAAAAUUCUUGGCAAGGUGGCCUACAUAUUUCAAGUCAAAAGUCAUUGCGGACUGCAGGACUCUACUGCCAAAUGCAUAUGUUGAGGAACUUCUGUCAGCACUUGAACCUGAGAAUAACUUUGGAUGGGAUAGUGAAAUGUCAGCAAUUCUUCUGUUACUCCAUCUUCUACCCCCAACUUCAAGAGGGCAUAAGAAAACAGCCAAGAUUAGUUCAGCUCAAGCUGCAAACAAUCUUGUAAAGUAUCUUAAGGAAGGAGUUAGUCUCAGUACCUUCCUUAAGCUGUCUGAUGCAAAACAGCCCUUUCUUCUUUGCACUGGUGAGCACAAGAAUAAAAUCAGAAGAUUCUACAUUGUGAUUGACCAAAAGGCUGUACCAUGCAGGGCUCAGACAUCUGUAGCUGCCUUUGAUGAGCUCUUCAAGGUUCACUACGUUUUCAGCCUUUCCUAUGAUGAAGCCCUCACCAAUUUUUAUACAUUUGUUCAAACCACAAUCUAUGACAUUGAUGUCGGAAGGGCAAAGGAGAGCCCACGUGUGAAGGAAGUUAGAGCACGACUGCUGUCACUGGAAGCUUGAACAGACCAGCUUUGUUUACCUCUGUCAAGAGAUGUUCACUUGUUUUGUUUGCAAAGUGAAUCAAAAAGACUGUUUUCAACUUUGUCAACAUUUAAAGUUUCACCAUGGUUUAUAUCCUGCUAAAACAUUGCGUUUGAAAUGCGGAGAACCAGGAUGUCUUUUAACUUUUUGUACAUACAAUGGCUUUAGAAAGCACCUCAACACUGUGCAUAGAUUUUCUGCCUGUCAACAAGUGGAUACAAACCAGAAUUUCAAUCCUCAAAGAGAGAAUGAAGAGGAAGUUUUAAGUUGUGGGGCAUCUUGUACAUCUUCCGAGACUAACCUGCAGGUUCCUACUACUUCACAAUGUGUUCCUAAACAGCAGCUGUCAUCAAUGUGCGGUUCAGUUGUUGCACAUUUGCAGGCUUCAGGUCUCUCCGAAAGCACUGUUCAAACAAUAGUUUGUUCUAUGGAAGAAGUUAUUAAUGAUGUUCAAAGUCAAGCACGAGAAGCAGUUUUGACAUCUCUCUCACCUGAAACUCAGUUUUCUGACAUGUGUAAAAACAUUGAGCAGUCUUUUAAUCAACUGAACAAUCCCUUUUCAGAGCUCAACACAGAGGCAAAGAGGCACAAAUAUUUUGAAGAAAAAUGGGAAAUAGUUGAGCCUGUGGAAUGUGUCCUUGGUGUAAGGUUGGAUGUACGCAGAGACAAAAGAAGUAGAAUUUACAGUCAAAUACCUGUAACAGACAAGUAUGUGUAUGUUCCUAUUCUGGGUACUCUCAAAUCUAUUUUUAAGAACAAAGAUGUGAGAGAGAGUUUCUUGAAAGAAAAACAUAGUAAAAAGGGUGUUUACAAGGAUAUUAACGAUGGCUCAUAUUUCCAAAAACAUGCAAUGUUUUCUCAACAAAAGCAUGCACUUCAAAUUCUUUUGUACUAUGACGAUUUUGAAACCGCAAACCCUUUAGGAUCGAAAAGGGGAGUCCACAAACUUGGAUGUGUUUAUUUUACUUUGAAAAAUCUUUCACCAAAGUGUAACUCUGUGUUAAUGAAUAUCCAUCUUGCGGCUCUUUUUUACAGUGAAGACUUAAAAACUUAUGGUUUUGAAAAGAUACUGAAACCUCUUAUUGAUGAUCUAAAAACUUUAGAAACUGAAGGCAUUCAGCUUCCUUUUUUUGAAAAUCCUUUGUUUGGUUCAGUAAUACAGGUGACAGGAGAUAAUCUUGCUUUAAAUGGUUUGUUAGGUUUUGUUGAAUCCUUUAGUGGAACACAUUUUUGUAGGUUUUGCUUGGUUUGUAAGGAUGAAGUUCAAACUGUGUUUACUGAGGAUCAUCCUCAACUUGUUUUACGUUCCAAAGAACUUCAUGCUGAACAUUGUCAGGCACUUAAUGAAACACUCCAUAUAGUGUAUGGUGUUAAAAAGUCUUGUGCGUUAAAUUCGUUAAAUUUUUUCCACAGCACAGACAACUUUACUGUUGAUAUUAUGCACGAUUUGUUGGAAGGAGUUGUGCAAUAUGAGCUUAAACUAGUUUUUCAGUACCUUGUGAAAAAGGGUUAUGUUACUACAAGUGCACUUUCAGACAGGUUACAGAGUUUCAGUUAUGGUUUUACAGAUCGUAAAAACAGACCAAGCAUUUUAAAAUUGGAUGAUAACAGCAAGCACCUGGGCUGGAAUGCUACCCAAUCGUGGUGUGUUUUACGCCACACUCCCCUUAUUUUUGGAGAUGUUGUUGAACGGGGUAACAGUUACUGGAACUUACUUCUCCUUCUCCUACAAAUUGUUAAUAUAGUGUUUUCACCCAUUGUGACAGAUGGAAUUAUAUCUUAUCUUAAACAUUUGAUCUUGGAUCACCAUAAUCUCUUCAAGUCACUGUUUCCAGAUAAAAUGUUAAUUCCCAAGCACCACUUAAUGAUACACUAUCCAAGAUGCAUGAAAAAAAUAGGCCCACUGAUUCAUGUGUGGUGCAUGCGAUUUGAAGCCAAGCACAAUUUUUUUAAAAGGUCUGUCAGAAAUUUCAAAAACUUAACCAAAUCAUUAGUAAAGCAACACCAGCGCCAAUUAGCUUUUCAUUUUGAAAACUAUAGCUUUAAGAGGUUUGAAUUUGGUCCUGUGAAGGUAAAAAAUGUUUGUUAUUUAGAAGGUGGGGAAAUUCUUUGCCAAACUUUAAAUUUGGACCCAUUUUCUGAAGUUUCAACCACUAGCUGGGUCAAAAGCUAUGGUACCGAAUACCAGCUAAAUUUGUUUGUCUGUACUGGAGUAUGUAAUGAACUUCCUGUUUUUAAAAAGAUCUGUACAAUUGUUAUUCAUAGACAGUGUGCUUUUUUUAUUGCAUGUGAUGUUAAUGUGUUGUAUUUUGAUGAGCACCUUAAUGCAUACUGCAUCGAGGAGAAUUUUGACAAUGUUUCAGUUGAAUGUAUUGAUGAACUGAAGUAUUUUAAGCCAUUUGAUAAAAUGUUUUCUAAUGGGGAUGAUAAAGAGUAUUUGGUUCCAUAUUGCUACAUUUUAGAUGUUGACUAAUAUUUAUUUAUUGUUAAACAAUAAAGUGUUUUCAAAAGUA